CACUCCACUGUUGACAUCAUGGCUGACACGUUGGGUGACCGACGAAACCAGGGGACUGCCUCUCAGUCAGCUGUGAUCGAUUUGGAUGAUGUUGAGGAGAUGCAAGACAGGGAUGAUUCAUCAGACUAUGACAGUAGUUUCUCAGACUCAGAUAGAGGAAACAGGCAGAAGGGAAUGGGAGAUGACAUCCGACAAAGAUUGGGCGAAAAUGUUGCUGCGAUGAUGUGGCAAUCUGGUAAACAGCAGGCCAGUAAGGCGUGGAAUCUGUACGGUAAUAUAGACAUACUCCGACCCUACUUCAACGUAGAGCCACACGAAGUGAGAUCAAGGUUGAUGUGGUCGUUCAUUCCUCUGAAACCUACGUCGCAAAAACAGAGAGUGUCCCGAGAGUUGUACGGGCCUCUGAUGGUCAUAUUCACUAUGAUUGCCUUACUGCUAUUCCAAAUGAAGACAGCGGAGCACCGAGUGGAGGAGGGAACAUUGAUGGGGACUGCCUUUGGAGUCUGUUUUACCUACUGGUUUGGGGCAUCAGCAUUCAUCUGGUUCCUGUCGUUUGUCUGUAAUACUCGUCUCAGUAUGUUACAGAUCAUGUCCAUGUUGGGCUAUGGUCUGUUUGGUCACUGCGUAGUCGUCCUGUUGGGUACUAUAAUUCAUACAUCACAUGACCACAUGUUUUUCUAUCUUUUAUGGGCAAUCAUUGGUGGAGCUACAACACUUAAAAUGGUUGGUAUUAUAGUGACAAGAACAAGUGGACAGACACAGAGAAUAAUUGUCUGUGCUGCCGUGGCUGCCCUACAUCUACUAUUUCUCCUUUAUCUACACUUCGCUUAUCAUCAAAUUGUGGAAGAUUUGUCACAGGCGUUUGGAGGUGGAGGAGUUCAGCUCCCUAUGAAGGAGAUACCAGCCAUCAUUAAGCCAGGAAUGGGGAAUGUAGCCACUGUCGGGAAAGAUGUUGCAAGGGCAGGUUUGGGCAUGCCAAUGAGUGUGGCUAAACAACUGGUCAAUACCGCAGGUCAGCCACAGCAUCUUAUUAAACAUGCUGCAAAUCUAACUGGAAAAUCGCUACAAGCUGCCCUUUAAAUACAGCCUGAGCAGCUCUAACUGUGAUCAUUGAUGUACAUUAUCUAUCAAUCUACAAACCACUCAUUAUAAGUACUGGAAACACAGAGGUCAAGACUUGUCAAAGCAAAGAAGGGCUCAAGAGUUGUUAUCUAUAGAGGCUCAAGAGUUGUCAUCAAAAAGGGCUCAAGAGUCUUCAUCAAGAAGGGCUCAAGAGUCCUCAUUUAAAGGGGCUCAAGAGUUGUCAUCUAAAAGGACUCGAGAGUCAUCAACAAGAAGGUCUCAAGAGUCAUAAUCAAGAAGGGCUCAGGAGUUGUCAUCAAGAAGGGCUCAAGAGUCAUAAUCAAGAAGGGCUCAGGAGUUGUCAUCAAGAAGGGCUCAAGAGUCAUAAUCAAGAAGGGCUCAGGAGUUGUCACCAAGAGGGCUCAAGAGUCAUCAUCAAGAAGGGCUCAGGAGUUGUCAUCAAGAAGGGCUCAAAAGUCCUCAUUUAAAGGGGCUCAAGAGUUGUCAUCAAGAGGGCUCAAGAGUCAUCAUGAAGAGUGGCUCCAGACUCAACACUGGUGAAGACUCAUCAGAGGAGCUUAAAACUCGUUACAGGAGCUGAAGACUUGUAACUAAAGCUUGACACCUAUCUCAGAGUGCAUACCACAAGUUGUGUGCAUAUCUAUGCAAUAAAUAAGAAAAAAUUAAAGAGAAAAUGGAAACUGUUCUUUUGUAGCGGGUACAUUCAAUGUGGGAUAGUAAGUUUUAUGUUUAAUUUUUUGUGUUCUCCAUUGUACAGUAUUUAUCAUCCAAACUUUACAGAGAACUGUAAAUACAUUGUAUACUUAAUUAAAGGCAAAAUUUAGUACUCUUAACAAAGCUUAAGUUGCCGAGACUUUAAAUAUAUUUACUCCUAAUGAAUGCCUUUGUGACAUAAUUAUGAAAUGACAAACAUCACUUAGUUGUGUAUCUAAUGGUUGUCAUGAUUUAUAGGUAUGCUAACCUGAAGUUAAUAUCAUUUGUGCCAAUUUGUGAUGCUUUUCUGUUGAGGAUUAAUACACUUCUAUAUACAUUGCUGUAUAAGUCUGUUUUCAGUGUUUAUGCCUGCAGGUAUAAAGGAAUAACCUCAUAAGAACCUCAGUCUUGUUUAAGAAUAAUUUUCAUAUGUAAAAACCUUGUUUUAAAAAUAUUACAUAAAUUAAAAUCAAAUUUGAAAAUAUUUUUGGUAAAUACCGUAAUUUUGUAGAUUAGUUGUAAGUCACUGUAAACUGAGACCUUCAUUCAUCCUGAAAUCUUGUAUCAUGUUUUAACAUUUUAUCUUUGAUGGGAGAUUUUACUGAACUGAAUCUGGUGUAGAUUACUUACUUACGUUAUUCACAUUUUUAUAUAUAUUACGUAAAUUGAUCAUAGUAAUUCUUUAUUUGUAAAAUAUAUUUUUUGUAAACCUACGUCAAUGGGAGAUAACUCAACGCAUAAUUUCAAAAAUACAAAUAUUUAUUGAAAUUCACAUUGCCUAUGUUCACAACUUAGUACACAUCCACCAAACAUACAAUAUAAGUACAUGUACAUGCAAUUAUAAGCAUGAAUAAUUAUUAAUAAAAGAAAAUAGCUAAGCAAGAACUGAUUAUAAGGUGGCGUGUAGCACGCCACCUAGCGUACACAGAUAGCUAAGGUUAUCUCCCUUGACUACACUUAUUUGAAUAAACAGGCAAAAUUAUAGUAAUAAUUUGUACAGUGUGGGACAUUUUAAAAGGUACAUGGUAUAUUUUUCACACAAUAUAAAUACAAGUGUAUUGCUGAAUAGUUGUAAAAUUUCAGGGGGCUAAUUAUAUUGUGCAUUUGUUGCAGUCGCACCUAGAUUGCGCAUAUUUAAUUUCACACAGUCAGGCCUUGUGAAUAUUCUUGAAUGAACAAUUACACAAUAAUUUGUUGAUACAUGCAUAUUCAAUUGGUUUUAAUCUCCAUCAAUAUUAAAUAAAUAUACUGCAAAAUUAAAUCCCCCAUGGAUAUUACCAACUUUUAAAAUGUACAUGUAUACAGUAACAUUGCUGUGUGGGACAAUUUAGUACCUAAUAUGUUUAUCAUGAUAUGGUCAUUUGUCUGGAUCAUUGCAACUUUAUAUUUAUUGUUAUGAUGCUGUAUUCUCAGGCACAUUAAAUGUUGCUGUCACAGACGAUAGUAAAUUGAGAUAACAUAUUGUGCAUGAUGCUUGUACAUGAACCAGAUUAAAAUACAAUGUAAUUGUAUGCAAAGUACAUGUAAAUAAAAAAAAAUAUGAAAACAUA